AUAAAUAAAGUAGUGGAAUCGGAGGGGAGAAUCGCAGAACCUUUACUUCCGCAGACAUGGACAGUGACGAGGAGAAAAUGCGUGUGAUGCGCAAGGCGUUUCAACUCUGUGACGUCAACAAAUCCGGUUUCAUAGAGACAAUCAAGAUCAGCGGCAUCCUGACCACCAUAGGACAAGUGUUUGACGAAUCUGAGCUGGAGGAGGUCAUAGAAGAGGUCGACCCUGAGCUAACAGGGAAGGUAAACUUUGACCAGUUUUGUGAAAUAGUCUCACACUUCCUAGAGGAGGAAGAUGCGGACGCGAUGCAGGCGGAGCUCAAAGAGGCCUUCAGACUCUACGAUAAGGAGGGCAACGGAUACAUCACAACACAAGUUCUAAGAGAGAUUUUAGCAGCGCUAGAUGACGCUCUGAAACCAGAGGACUUGGACGGGAUCAUCGCUGAGAUAGAUACUGACGGUUCUGGCACCGUGGACUUUGAUGAAUUCAUGGAAAUGAUGACUGGGGAAUGAAAAAAUGUACAGAAUUACUGCUGAGGAGACAUUGAGAAUGAUUGUCGUAUGCGACCGGACUACAAAAAAUGCUAUUAAAUACUGCCUUCGCUUAAAUAUUUUGUUUAUUUUUGUCAAAUCAUGUGUUUAAUGAUAAUAAAAUUAUUGUUUUUACAUAAUAAUAAUAAACAUCUUUUUCAUGACUCACUUGAA